GUAUUCACAUCUCUAGCGGCAGAAAAGUGUAGAAAAUUUUCAGGGAUUUUGUAAACGAAAAGUGAGAGAUUGCGUACAGUUAAAUCUGUGUGCCAUGGAUGCGAGCUUAGAGGAGAGCAUGGAUAGCGAUGGCGCCAGUUCGCCGAUUAGCAAGACGGAGGCGAGGGAAUCUCCACCAGAAGUGGGUCUCAAUGGAAACGGCAGUGGUAGUGGUAGCACCAGCCAGGAGAUCCCAAAUAAUGGCGUUACUAUACUCAAGGAAAAACCCAACGAGGCCCAUAGGAACAAGCCCUUCAAUGCGUUUAGUGGUCGUCCCAUCGGGGAGCACACAGCCCAGCAGCAGGCGCUACAGCAACAACAACAGCAGCAACAACAACAGCCACAGCAGUCGCAGCAGCCGCAGCAACAAGCUCCUUCCGGAGCAAAUGGAGUCACAGGACCUCCGGAAAUCUGGGUGGAAACCAAGGCGGAGGACGGUCGAUCUUAUUAUUACCAUGCGGUAACUAGGGAAACCACUUGGUCUCGACCCGAUGGGCCCGCUGUCAAGAUAAUGACCCAGGCGGAGGUGGAGGAGAUGGCAAAGCGACCUGUCCAGGCCGCCAAAACGGAAGCCAAGGCAGCCGAAACGUCGGGCGAGAUUCCACCAGUGUCGUCACAUCUUACCUCGCAACCGCCGCCGCACCUGAUGAGCCAGCCACCACCCAAUGCGGCAGCACCGCUGCUUUCCCAGCCGCCACCCAAUGUGCGGCAACAGCCACCACCAAUGUUCCAGCCACCUGGAAUGCAGGCGCCUCCUGGGUUUGGACAGCCGCCGUUUUGUAUGCCGCCUCCAACUUACGGAUUUCCUGGAGGACCGGCACCAGCUGGGGCACCUUGGGGCGUGGGCAUUCCGCCUUGGCAGCAACAGCAGCACAUGCAAGACAAACCAGCCAAGUCGCUUAUCAUUAAGCCGGGUGUUAUCGAUCCGGCGGUUAUAGCACGAGCAGCAGAGUGGUCAGAGCAUCGUGCUCCCGAUGGAAGACCGUACUAUUUCCACGCCGGUCGAGGGGAGAGUGUCUGGGAGAAACCGCAGGCGCUGAGGGACAUGGAGGCCGCUCGCAUGGCUGCCCACUCGGGCGUGGCGCCCGCUUUGGCGACAGCUCCGUCUGGCCUACCACCACACUUGCUACCCAAUCCUAUGAUGCAUAUGCCACCAGGAUCAGGGCCGCCGGGAUUUGAUCCGCAUGCUGCUUUUGCGGCUGCUGCUGCAGCAAUGAAAGCCAAUUCGGAAAACACAAAGGCUGCGCAGGCAGCUGCUUUGGAGAAAGAGGCUAAGAAGACGGCGGAGGAGAAGCGAAAAAAGGAGGAGGAGCAGAAGAAGGCUGCGGCAUCAGCCAAGCAAACGGACAAGAGUCGACCCGUGACAAGUACGCCCAUCGCUGGAACGCCAUGGUGUGUCGUAUGGACUGGAGAUUCCCGCGUCUUCUUUUACAAUCCGUCAACUAGGACUUCGGUUUGGGAUCGCCCCGAGGAUUUGUUGAAUCGUGAGGACGUUGACAAAGCGGUAAACGAACGCCCGGAGCAACUGAAGACUCCGCAAGAGAAGUCGGCUGAAGCCGAACAUAAGUCCGGCGAGGAGGCAACUCAAGAGCAGGCUAAAUCGCAAGUUCAAGCCCAGCAACUGGAUCAGGUGCAGAGGGUGGAUGCGGAUGAUGAUGACGACGACGAGGUUAUCAAGAUACGCACAGAGUCUGAGUCUAGUGUGGAAGAGGUGCCAACCAAACGAGUUCGAAUGAUUUCCAAGUCAAAGCGGGCAGAGGAUGCCGCCCUAGAGGCUGAGCAGCGGGCGGCCAAGGAGCGGGCCCUGGUACCCCUAGAAAUGCGCGUCACCCAAUUCAAGGAAAUGCUUCGAGAGAAGGACGUAUCGGCUUUCAGCACUUGGGAGAAGGAGCUUCACAAGAUCGUGUUCGACCCGCGGUAUCUUCUGCUGACUUCGAAGGAACGCAAACAGGUAUUUGAAAAGUAUGUGAAGGAUCGGGCCGAGGAGGAGCGUAAGGAGAAGCGGAACAAGAUGCGCCAGAAGCGGGAGGACUUCCGCAGCCUAAUGGAAGAAGCCAGGCUGCAUGGAAAAUCCUCAUUCUCGGAGUUCAGCCAGAGGAACGCCAAGGACGAACGGUAUCGGGCCAUCGAGAAGGUUCGCGAACGAGAGAGUCUCUUCAACGAGUACAUCGUGGAGGUUCGGCGCCGCGAAAAGGAGGACAAGCUGUUGAAAAAAGAGCAGAUCCGCAAGGACUUUCUGGAUAUGCUGCGGGAGCGUCACGAUAUCGAGCGCCACACCAGGUGGUACGACAUCAAAAAGAAGUUUGAGUCGGACCCACGCUACCGCAUAGUGGACUCCAUGUACCGGGAGGAGUACUUCGAGGAUUACCUGCACAUUAUGAAGGAGGAGAAGCGGAAGGAGCGGGAGAUGCGUGAGCAACGGGAACGGGAGCGACAUCGCGAACGUAAAUCAGAUCGGAGGGAAAAGGACAAGGGUCGGAAGGAUCGAGGACGUAGCCGGUCGAAGGACAAGGACCGCGAGAACAAAUCAUCCAAAGAAGAAAAGGAUAAAGUCAAGGAGGAAAAAAGCAAGUCGGAGAAAAACAAGAAACGAGAUACCACCCCGGAGGAGGGUGAACAUCGUGAAGAGUCAGAAAGGGAAGAACGAGCCGGCAGCGACGACAGCGAGGUGGCUCGCCAACGGGAGAACGAGGCUGAGCAAAAGCAGAAGGAACGCGAGAAGAAGCUAAGGGUAGAGCAGAGUAUUCGGGAGCGAGAGAAGGAGGUGCAGCGAACCUUGGCCGGUCAUUUGAGGGAUCGGGACAAGGAGCGCGAGCAUCACAUGCGCGAGGAGUGCAUUGGUCACUUCACCGCUUUGCUGACAGAUCUGGUGCGGACGCCGGACUUCACGUGGAAGGAGGUCAAGCGACAGUUGCGGAAGGAUCAUCGCUGGGAACUAAUCGAAAGCCUUGACCGCGAGGAUCGCGAGCGAAAAUUCAACGAGCACAUUGACAAUCUGAUGAAGAAGAAGAGGGAGCGGUUCCGCGAAAUGCUCGACGAGAUUAGCACUCUGCAGCUUACCAGCACUUGGAAAGAGAUUAAGAAGCUAAUCAAAGAGGAUCCGCGAUACCUAAAAUACAAUUCGGACAAGGGCGAGCGCGAGUUCCGGGACUACAUUAAAGAUAAAACGAUGACAGCGAAGACUUCUCUGCGGGAACUCCUGCAAGAGUGCAAAUUUAUUACUCACAAGAGCAGUGAUCUCAUCAAGGAAAAUCCAAACCAUCUCAAGGAGAUUCAGGACAUUUUGAAGAACGACAAGCGCUAUUUGGUGCUCGAUCACAUGGAGGAGGAGAGGAACACUAUUGUGCUCGGCUUUUUGGAGGAGCUCAACAAACGCGGCCCGCCGCCACCACCCACAGCAUCUGAGUCAACGCGCCGCAACAAGUAGAGUGGUAUUUUAAACAAAACUAAUCAAUUUAAUCAUAACAAUUAAAUUAUUAUACUAAGACGAAGUUCCGCAUCUUCGAAUCUUUUAAUUGAAUAAAAUACACACAUUAAAGCGAUUUGAAAGUGACAAAUAAACGCUUUUUCAUUCAUAAAUAUUUAUUGAUCAUUUAUACGUUAUGAUAGAGUUGUGAUUUCAUCUAUGUAUUUAUCUUAAUUUACCAUUUGUUUUUGCAAUUCUAUAUAAUUCUAUAUGUUCUUGUUUACCCAUUCAUCGGUUCGCCUAAACGUGACCGUUAUUGUUUAAUACACAUUCUUGCUGCACUGUAGCCGAGUUUUUGUAAUGCCUAAAAAUAAAUACAAAUACAAUAAUCCGUAA